UAUUGUCUUGGCUGCUCGCUCGGUCCUUGUGUUUGUUGUAUCAAUUUGUAUGUCAAUUAACAAUUAACCCUUGUUUAAUGAUGGCUUGUUGAUUAUUAAAAAGCUGUGCCCAGUUCUGAUAUUAUCGAUGUGCAUCACGAAGUGAAUGUUAAACAUGGCAACGGGAGGCGAAGAGCUGUGGCGCGAGUGCGCUGCUUGGUUGACGAGAUGUGGCUUGCUGCGUCCCGACCAUAAGGCGAAUUGGGAAACCAGUACGAUCGCUGAUCUGGCUUAUACGUUGAGGGAUGGCGUGCUGCUGUGCAAUCUUCUGAACACGCUGCAGCCCGGUUGCAUCGACAUGAAGGACGUGAACCAGCGGCCACAGAUGGCACAGUUUCUGUGCAUGCGGAACAUCAAAGUGUUCCUCAGGACGUGCCACGAGGUGUUCGAGCUCCGCGAGAUAGACCUGUUCGACCCGUCCAUGCUGUUCGACCUCUCCAACUUCCACCGCGUCCUCUGCACCCUGGCCAAACUGAGCCAGUGUCCGAAAGCGCUCUCUAGAAAUAUUAAGCCAUUUUCAGCACACAGGACACAGUCCGAAGAGGACAUUUAUAAAGAUCUGCAAUCUGUUAGUACGCGCGUAUCUAUGGAGGCCGACACUUACAUGCGUGCGAGCCCCACGCAGGCGCCCACGGAGGUGCCCUGGGUGCAGUUCACGAUCCCCAGCGCCACUUGCGAGGACAGGGUCGAGGAGAUCUACGAGGACCUCUGCUAUGUCAAGUUCACGUCGGCAGAGCCUGAGCUAGCGACCUCGUCGCACAGUCUAGAGAAAAGAGAUUAUGUUAUACGGGAGUUAGUAGACACUGAAUGUAAUUAUGUGGACGUCUUGAGCAAAAUUGUGAAACACUUUCUGAGGCCGCUCACGCCGUACUUGAAGCCGAAAGAUUUACAAACAAUAUUUUUCGGAAUCAAGGAACUCCACGAAAUCCACGGCGGAUUACUACGUCAGCUGAAGUUAGCCACAGAAGCGUGUGUACCGGGGAGCGGCGCGCCGCGAUUGGCUGAUGUGUUCCUAGCGUGGCGAGAGAGGUUGCUACUAUAUGGGGAUUACUGCUCUAAUCUCACGCAUGCGCAGGACACGCUCAAAGCACUAGACGCGAGAGACGCCACAUUCAGCAAACAACUAGCGAAAUGUCAAAAAGAACACAGCGACGGCCGAAUUCAGCUGCGAGACAUCUUAUCAGUGCCGAUGCAGAGGGUUCUCAAAUACCAUCUGUUACUGGACAAACUGGUCCACGAAACGCAACCCAAUCAUGAGGAGUUCCGCAGCCUGGAGCGGGCCAAAGAAGCCAUGGUGGACGUGGCGCAGUACAUCAACGAGGUGAAGAGGGACAGCGAAGUGCUAGCCCUGCUCGCUAAAGUCCAGGAGAGCAUAAUCGACUGGGAGGGCGGAGCCCUGGGCGCGGGGGGGGCGGGGCUCGCGGCGUACGGGCGCCUGCUUCUGGACGGCGAGCUCAAGGUCAAAGCGCAUGAGGACCAGAAACUGAGGUCCAGAUACGUGUUCGUCUUUGAUAAGCUGAUGCUGCUCUGUAAACCUGUUAAGGAGAACCAAUACUCCUACCGAGUGGGGGUCCGCCUCGCCGAGUACCGCGUGGAGGAGGGGGGCGAGAGGAGGUCUCGGGGAGACGCUCGCUGGGCCGCGCACUUCUACCUCGUGAGGAGGACCAAGGACGCCACCUACACCCUCUACGCCAGGACCGACGACGCCAAGCGGAAGUGGCUCAAGGCCAUCCGCGACGCCAUAGACAACCUAGAGCCGGCCGGGUGUCGCAGCACGGACCACAAAUUUGUUCUGCACACGUUCGAGAAACCCGCCACUUGCCACCAUUGUUCCAAGUUCCUCAAGGGCAGGAUAUUCCAAGGCUACCUGUGCUCGGUGUGCGGCGCGUGCGCACACAAGGAGUGCAUCGCGCUGUCGGGGCGCUGCGCCGGCGCGCUGGGCGCCGCCGCGCACGCGCCGCCGCCGCCGCCGCACCCCGCCUCCGCCGACACCGUGCUGCACUACUACAUGUGGUACGUGGGCGAGAUGGGCAGAGAGACGGCAACGGCGCGCCUCGAGCGGCGCCUGGACGGCACGUUCCUGCUGCGCGUGCGAGCGGGACACCACCAUCACUCCGACACCGACACACACUACGCGCUCUCGCUCAAAACGGACAACACUGUGAAACAUAUGCGCGUCUGCUGCAAACUGAUAGACCAGGUGCGCCACUACUACCUCUCCGAGUCGAGGUUCUUCCGCAGCAUCGUCGAGCUCGUCUCCUACUACGAGAAGACCAGCCUGUCGGAGAACUUCAUCGGGCUCAACUCAAACCUCCGAUGGCCGUUCCGCCGGGUGGUAGCCACCGUGAUCCACGACUUCAGGCCGCUGGAGGCUUCCCAACUGGCACUGAGACCUGGGGCUAAAGUGCUGGUGCUCAGCAAAGAAGGCGACAGUCGAGGCUGGUGGAAGGGCAGGACUUUGGAUAAGGGUGACAACCGAUCUGGCUAUUUCCCUAAGGAAUGCGUGCGGGAGGAGCCCGAAUGUAUCGGGGCGCUUGACUGAUGUCAGCUUUGCCUCGCCGAGCGAGAGCUGCACUUUCGGGACCCUGAGCCCGGGGACCUGGUUUGAAUGCGCCAGCGUCGUUAGACCCGCCGUUGUGAUUGGUUAGUUAGAUAACGCGGGUCAACUUGAAUUGGACACCAGAGUUAAUAGACUCGUCGUUGUAAAUGAAUUGUUGGAUAGCGCGGAUCAAGUUGAAAUGUACUCCUGUGUUGCCAGCAUAAUAAGACUACACGUUUGAAUAGAUGUGUUGUGGAUACCAGUUUAAUAAGAUCUAUGAUUGAGACUGAUUGAUAUGAUAGCUAGGGUCAAGUUUAAAAGGACAUAUGUGAACACCAACUUAACAAGAUCUAGGUUUCAUAGCCAUUCGAAUAGAUACCGAUGUAUCUAUCACGCGAUCGCCUCAAUCUUUUUUAUCAUUCCAUUAACUGUUUUUAUAAGAUUCAACUUAGAAGAAGUCUAUUUUGUAAGCAAGGAUCUUGGUUUAUUAGACCUUAACAUAUUAUGGCAUCAGAUCAUAUAACCAAUAUGUUAUGAUCUAGCCGAGAUACUAAAUUACCUGUUAAAGACGAUAUUAUAUGAAUGAUAUUGACAUCCAAUAUAAAUCAUUGUUUCUCCUUGGCAGUAACCAAUAUAUGAAAGACCAUCAUAUAAACUUAGUGCUCAGUUCUUAGGUCUUUUUAACACGGUUGGUAAUAUUUAAAAGAACAUUUAUGAAACACUGAAAAGGGUAUAAAGAAAAAUGUUCACGAAGAAGUUUUAAAAUAAUGUUUGACACAAAUGAGGGCUAGUAUGUGGAUAAAGCGGGUUUGAAAUAUGAAGUUGUAAUUAAAGUGACAUUUAUUUAUGUUUAAGCUUAAGAGUGGUGUCUAAGUGUAAUGAAAUUAGUAAAUAAAUAAAAUCCAGCCAGGCCGAGGAAAUAUUGAUAGGAAAGUUGAGAAGAUUGUGUCUUUUAAGGCUUUUAAAUGAGAUUAUGCUAGCACCAAACUUUCAGGACUCAGAAGCCUUAAGAGAUUCAGUCCUAUCAUCAAACGAUAUAUUUUGGGUUGAGGCCUACUAAAUACAAAUAAAUACAUAGCAAAUAUGACAUGCAACGGCCUUAUGUUGCUUUAUAUUAUAGGGAUAUGAGGGAACUCACAACACCUUAAUUGAAAUUUAGAGUAUUUACUUAAAAAAUGACAUUUAAUUUUAUUUUUUGACCAGCAUUAGUCUAUCACAGUUUCCUGUGGACCGUUGAGUGAUGUUCCCUAAUUGACGCGGCCUAUACCUACUGGUGCAAAUAGAUAUGGCCGACUCAACUUUAUAUUUUGAUUCAGUGCGGACGGCCUUGGCAAGACAACUACAAAAAUAGAACUGUUUUGCAUUGCUGUCCGCUCAGAAUCGGUCUAGUGAUAAAUUCACUUUCUAAUUAUUCGUCUGGGAGACAAUAUGAAAGAUUCUACUUUUACUCAAUAUUAAUAAUAAUUAUAUAUUUCUACUCCUAAAGUUUAUCGUUGACUUGAGAUAUAAAUAUGAAAUUUUAAUAUAGGUACCUAGCAGCGAAAUGAGCUGCCACGCGGAAUCAAUGCAAAUCUUCAAUGGGUUAUAAUAAUAAUAAGUAGUUUACGAAGUCUAGCAAAAUGGCUGUAUGAGCAAGUUUUCUCUUAUUUAAUAUUUAUUAGUCAUUGAGCGCUCUCGACGUUAUAAAUAUAUAGUAGAUAGAAUUUACGUCGUUCAGUGCAAUAAAUAUUUAGACAAGUACUAUACUGUUCAAAUGUAGUUGAGCUACUGUUCAUAUUGUCCACUUUUAAAGAUGUUAAUAAAAAUUAAAAAAAAAAAAUUACUCAUUCAUAUCAAUAGAUGAAAAAAAUCACGAAUUUUCGGCAAAUGUUUGAUAAAUUCUAUGCUAAUUGUUACGUAGGUAUUUUAUGACAGAUUAAUACUUUGUGAAUUGACACACAAAAACAAAGAGAGUUAUAAUAAUAUGCUUACCGCUUUAUGUGCGGUGUAACAAGCGUCAUAAACAUAUAUUUUUAUACCAUGACCACAGUAGAUGACAAAAAGCAACUGUUCUGUACAAAAAACACGGUAUUGCAAUCUCAAACUUAGUUAUUAAGUUCGCCCGUCGGAUGUAACACUGACAUAAAUGAAAUUCUUCAUUGCACAUUUCGCUUGUUGGUGCAAUAGAGAAUUUUUGUAGUAAUCUUACAUUCGACGGGCAUUUAAUGUGUUUAUUGGAUCAUCUAGCUCGAUACGAAUUAGUAGUCAAUGUGUAAAUGUAAAAGUAUAUUGUGUAAGUAUAGUGUAGCAUUUACUGGCUCGGUGGACGGUAUCAGAACAAUCUGUGUACGUAGCCCUUCCCCUCUCUUACCAAUGCUCAAGACGAAAUGACUGUGGGUGCAACUGGGAACACUUGCACCCUCGGUCAUUUUUAAUAUUAUGGGACCCGAAAUGGACCCAAGAGUUUAACUUUAUGACGUCAUAACACCGGGCCAAUACUUGUGUAUAUGUUUAAGGCACCUGUUGCUGUCUCACUCUAUGAUUCCUCUUCGUAAUUGUCUAUGCUCUCUCGGGCACGUGGCACGGUAUGUUUUGAUGGUGCGAAAAAAAUGCUUUAAUUUAGAUUAAUGAUAUUAUUAGCAUGGUACAGAAAAUGUGUAUAAGCGUGGAAAAGCCGCCAACUUGUGUGAAGGUGUAUGAGCGAAAUAAUAAUUAUAACUGUAUAUUUGUAUGUAAGUACAUUCACUGCGGUGUUAUAUGUUGGACUAUUGGAAGUUGAGGCCUGUAUGAACUAGAAUAAAAUUAUGUUUUGGAAAUUACCAUUUUGCUCAAAGUAAAUCGACACAUGACGCAUUUAUUAUCCCACUUUUUUUAAUACUUUAAUCUUUUUUCAAUUAAUUUAAAGAUUCUACAUAGUGAGAUGAAGUGCCAAGUUAAUUGCUGAUUUUUGAAAUCCAACGGCACAUCUGAUGUGCGGAAUUUUAUCAUUCUUUAAAUAAUUAUUUUUUAUCAUAUAUUUCAAUUUUUAUCGCCCUGUUACCGGAGUAAAUAUAGAAUUCUCCAAAACAAUGUAUUUUUUUAAAAUUCCAACAUUAUAAUAAUCAUAUCAUAAACAAUUUUAAAAUUGUCACAAAAUACUUUGUACCUACGAAACAUCUUCUUCCAUGACUCUUCAAUUAUAUCCAAUUGCUAGUUUUGUAAAUAUUAUGCAGUAAAAAAAUCAUUCAUUACAAUCGCUGAUGAAGGUAAACAAAGUACCUAUAUGGCACACAACUUCGAUCAACUAUAUGGUACUAGAUACAAAAAUCAGAGCAAAAUAUAACAAAAAACAUCCUCAAUUUUCUGCGUCAUUUCAUGGAGAAAUGUACUAAAUACAAACAAAGUCGUCAUUCCGUUGCAAAAUAGAUUUAUAUAUUUUUAUUGCAAUUUGUCUCUGUCUCGUAUCUCUGUGAAUGAGCAGAGUUUAAUAUUUUAGGAUUGUGUGCUUUAUUGUAAUGUAUUAAAAUCUAUUUUCCAACGGGCGCACGCAUUUACAUUUAGUAUACUUUUCCACGGUAAUUUGUGUCUAGUUAUUUAUAGUACGUAUAUGAAGUGUAAUACAUAUAAGUGAAAAAGAGCGCAAUGAAAGUGAUCCUUCCACGAUGUGCGAGAGUAUAUGAAAUGUUAUUAAAUAUUACGUGUAUUUAAAUGUCUAAAGGUGGUCACUGUAGGUGGAUCGUGUAGUACACAUAAGUGCAUAAAACCAUAUAAAAAUGGACAGGUACUUAACUGUACAUUGAAUUGUAUUUAUAUUUCUGUCCUUAAAAUUUAUAAGUUACAUAAAACUUAGCGAUGCUAUUUUUUUAUGAAAUCGGUGAGGUCAAUAAUUUUCGUUCGUAAUGAGUAAUUUUUUGAACGGUUUCGUUAUGUUAACGAAGGAAAAUUAUUUUCCUCAUAGGUUAGUGGUACAUAUA